GCAGGAGACAGCAAAGUAGCUACAAUGACUUCAACAGUUCUGGGGGACAUCCGCGAUGAGGUGACCUGCCCCCUUUGCCUGGAGCUCCUGACCGAACCCUUGAGCACAGACUGUGGCCACAGCUUCUGCCAGGCCUGCAUCACAGAGAAUAGAGAGGAAUCAGAGAUGAGCCAGGACAAGGAGCGCAAUUGUCCUGUGUGCCAGACCAGCUACCAGCCUAGGAACCUCCGGCCUAAUCGGCACCUGGCCAACAUAGCGCAGCGGCUCAGAGAGGUAGUGUUGUGCCCAGGGAAGCAGCUGCAGGUAAUUCUUUGUGCACACCAUGGAGAAAAACUCCAGCUCUUCUGUAAAGAGGAUGGGAAGCUAAUUUGCUGGCUUUGCGAGCGUUCUCAGGAACACCGUGGCCACCAUACAUUUCUCAUGGAGGAGGUCGCCCAGGAGUACCAGGAGAUGUUCCAGGAGUCUCUGAAGAAGUUGAGGAAAGAACAGCAGGAAGCUGAGAAGCUAAGAGCUUUUAUCAAAGAGAAGAGGGCAUCCUGGAAGACUCAGAUGGAGCCCGAGAGACAGAGGAUCCAGACAGAGUUUAGUCAGCUGCGAAGCAUCCUGGACAAAGAGGAACAGCGGGAACUGAAGAAGCUGGAGGAGGAAGAAAGGAAGGGGCUGAGCAUUAUAGAGAAAGCCGAGGAGGAGGUGAUCUACCAGAGCCAGUCACUGGAAGAGCUUAUCUCAAAUCUGGAGCAUCGAUGCCAGGGCUCAGUAAUGGAUCUGCUGCAGGAUGUGAGUGAUGUCAUGCAGAGGAGUGAAUUCUGGACCCUGAGGGACCCCCCAGCUCUCCCUACCAAGCUGAGAAGUAUGUUCCGAGCCCCAGAUCUGAAAAAGAUGCUGCGAGUGUUUCGAGAGCUGACAGAUGUCCAGAGCUACUGGGGUAUUCAAGGGGAAAUAAGGAUCUACACAAGAAAAGCAUCAGGAGUUAUAACUGGAGGAAGCCAGGGAAGAAAUGCGAUGGCUUCAAAAACCCUGGUGAACACACAAGAAAAGGCAAAAUGUCCCAUCUGCCUAAAGCAUUUAACAGAGCUACUGACUCUAGGCUGUGGUCACAGCUAUUGCCAAACAUGCAUCUCUAGGAACAAGAAAUCUGUGACCAGCCCAGGAGGGGAAAACAGGUGUUUCAUAUGUAGUACCAGGAACUUAUUUGGAAAUACCAAAGCUAAUCAGCCUCCAGCUGACGUAGCAGAAGGACUCAGGGAAGUCAAGUUGAGCCCUAGCACUGUGCAAAAUGCAGACUUAUGUGCAUGCCAUGGAGAGAAACUCCUACUCUUCUGUGUGGAGGAUAGGAAGGUAAUUUGCUGGCUUUGUGAGCGUUCUCAAGAGCACCGUGGGCACCGAACAUUACUCAUGGAUGAAGUGACCAAGGAAUGUCAGGACAAGCUCCAAGCAGUUCUCAAGAGGCUGAGGAAGGAACAAGAAGAAGCUGAGAAGUUGGAAGCUGAUAUCCAAGAAGAGAUCACUUCUUGGAAGUGUCAGGUAGAGACUGAGAGAAAAAGGAUACAAAUGGAAUUUAAUCAUCUUAGAAGAAUCCUGGACAGCGAGGAAGAGCGAGAGCUACAAAGAUUGGAUCGGGAGGAGAAGACGACACUGGAUAGCUUGGCAGAAGCAGAGGAUGAGCUGGUCUAUCAGAAGCAGUUGGUGAAAGAGCUCCUCUCAGAUCUAGAGCGUCGGAGUCAAUGGUCAACACUGGAGCUACUGCAGGACACAAGUGGAAUCAUGAAAUGGAGUGAGAUCUGGACUCUGAAGAAGCCAAAAACUGUCUCCAAGAAGCUGAAGACUGUAUUCCGUGCUCCAGAUCUGAGGGGGAUGCUGCAGAGCUUCAGAGAGCUAACAGAUGCCCAAUGCUACUGGGUGGACUUAACAUUGAAUCCAGGCAACUUAAAUUUGAAUCUUGCACUUUCGGAAGAUGAGAGACAAGUAACAAGCGUGUGUAUUUGGCCACUUAAGCAUUACGAUUGUGGCAUCUUAAGCUCCCAACAUUUCUCUUCAGGGAAACAUUACUGGGAAGUUGAUGUAUCCAAAAAGACCAGCUGGAUCCUGGGAGUACACUGUAGAAAACGUUCUGCAAAGUAUGCUGAGAGAAAAGAUGCGAAUCAUACAAAUGUGUCCUCCACAUACAGACCUAAGUACGGCUACUGGGUUAUAGGUUUACAGAAUAACUUUGAAUAUAUCGUCUUUGAGGAUUCUUCCAGCUCUGAUCCUAAGGUGUUGGCCCUCUUUAUGGCUAUUCCUCCCCGUCGUGUUGGGGUUUUUCUCGACUAUGAAGCAGGCAUAGUCUCAUUUCUCAACGUCACAAACCAUGGGUCACUCAUCUACAAAUUCUCUAAAUGUUAUUUUUCUCAGCCUGCUUAUGCAUAUUUCAAUCUUUAUAAAUGUCCAGCCCCCAUGACACUGUGCCUACCAAACUGCUGAAUUUUCUUAUUCCCUCAUCUCCUACUUUUGGAUUCCUUGUCUAGAGGCUCCUCUCCUGCUUCUGAACACAUCUGCACCUUUCAUCCUGUGGUCUUUCAUCCCUGUGGUCUCCCUUCUCUACUUGAGAAUUUCUACUCAUCCUUGAGAUGAGAUACACUAUGGUGUAUCUGGUUUAAGUUAGGAGAGAUGCUUUUGUACCCAUUUAUUCUUCCUCAUAUUCUCAAAGAUAGACAUCGAAUCCCUUGUAAAGAUGGAGAAUUGUUAUGCUGAGCGUGGUGGCACACCUGUAAUCCCAGGAGCUCUGGCUGAGAUAGGAGAUAGGAGGAUCACAAAUUCAAAGCCAGCCUCAG